CUGGGCUACUAGCCGUGUGGGUUACCCUCAAGUGGGUCUAAGAUGCCAUUCUUGAAUAAUUACCAUUUUUAGCAGGUUAGGCCCAAAAUAACAUUUGGGCUGCCCGACCGUUCUUACUUUGUAUCGAAGGGUUAUAUAUCUUUAUUUAAAAAUGUUGGGCCCCUAUAUCAAUAAGAUGACCUAAUUAAUUAUUUGGAAGUCCAUUACUAUUAUACGAGCCCAAACAGUAAUAUGAUUAAUCACACAUUACGUAAAACUUUAAUCGUUUUACAAUUGUUCGAUAAUAGGGAAAUUCAAUACAUAAGAUUUGAAUUUUAAUUUGAAUUUUCAAAGACGUUCGGGUGCGGUGUCACAAAAGAAACAACAGAGAUUGUCUUACAUUGGAGCAUCACUAUAAGUUUGAUAUAUUUAAUUCUAUUAGUUGCGGAUAAGCUUAUGCUAGAAACUGAAUUAUCGCUUCAAGGAUGAUGUAGUAGAGUUACUUGUUCUGAGUUCUGCUUUGGACCCAAGAGAUGAUUAUAAGUCUUUUCAGGUUGAAGAUAUAUGCAAACUUGUGAACAAGUUUUAUCUGAUGACUUCUCUACAAUGGAAAAGGAACACUUGAGAAUUCGGAUGGAGCAUUUCAAAUUUGAUGCUCAACAAAAUCUAGAGUUGAAGAAAGCAUCAACACUAGCGGAAUUGUGUGAAUUAAUGACGAAGACUCGGAAGUCAACAAUUUAUCCUCUUGUUGAUAGGAUAAUCCAUCUCUUACUAACUCUUCUAGUUUUAAUGGCAACCACAGAAAGAGCAUUUUCAACCAUGAAAAUUGUGAAGACUUGCCUCCGAAAUAAAAUGGAGGAUGACUUUCUUUCAAACUACCUGAUGACAUAUAUAGAGAGAGAUAUAGCUCAGGGGUUAAUUCAACAAUGUAGAGAGAUAAGCUCUCAUAUCUCCCUAAGAAUCCGGAAAAAUUUUCUUUGACCAGAAAUGCACCUCCGGCAACACUCAGGCCGGUAUCCUCAACACACAAACUAUUGGGACGAUUCUUACUACUUCAACAGUAACACAUAUGGACGCUGGACACAAAGUAGCUCCAACCACAGGUGGAACCCCAGGAAAGAAAGCUUCUGUGAUGUACACCAGGCUACAAACGCUCGCACAAAGUAUUUACACAUCCCAUUCCAUCACGCUACUAUAUCUUCUUCCAGGCAGCAAGGCACAAGAACCGCAAACCUCUUGAAGACCAUGGGAAGCCGGAAUCUUCCUCGUCACAACCAGGUCUACUUUUCCGACCACCAUAUCCUUGAACGACAACAACAUCAUCCUCCAAAGCAGAUGAAUCUCACUUUCGCAACACCCUCGAAGGAACCUGAAGAAACUUGGUUUGAGGUCAGACGCAGGAAACACUGAACCCCUGCUCACUUCGUUCAGCGGGCCGUUCACCUACAUCGCGUCAACUCGUACACAGUAGCAUCCCAGGUAACCAUAAUCGAUUCAACUAUUUACUCUCAGAAGAUGACACCAACUGCUCUUUUAAUCCGUCUCAACACCAUCUCUGUUUCCCCAAUAAAACACAUAACAAUCGACGAUUUUUCACAAACAAAGGGGAAACAAAGAAGAUAAACAGUUACCAAAAUAGGAACGGCAAAAACAAAAUCCUUUCAAUAGAAGACCCAAUCGCUGUUGAAGAUGGUGAAAUUCAGAGGUCCACGCUACCAACCACACCGCCUGAACCAACUUGUCAAACGGAAAUAAUAAAAUCCGCUCAUCUAGUUAUGUUGACGAUUUCGUGAAUUUGAAUGGCCGAAGAAAUGUCAUCAGUCCAUCACACCGGAGGGAGACCUACGCGCCGGCGGACCCAUCUUGUUCAGCACUGGGUCCUUUGGUUGACACACCUGCGGUAUUCAAUCAUGCUGUCGAGGAGCCCCUCUCGCUUGGCCCAUUCCGUCAGCUCACAUGGGCAAACCUGGUGAGGUCUGAUCCGGACAAAAAUUGUGACCAGGCUGUCUCUCCAGGGAAGACGUACUUGGACGAUAAAUCAACGGAUCUGCCAAGCUUGAUACAUCUCAAAUCCGCUCAAAUGAGCAUUUUACCUGUGUCUAAUUUGGUCGAAAAAUUUAAUUUCUCUGGAGAAGAUGGCUUUGAUUCGAUUCAGAUCGAAUCAAAAAAUUUCAAAUUUGCAAAACAGAAAAAGAAAUUAUUAUUUUCGAAAUUCAAAAAAAAAUCCUUCAUAAGAUUAAUAUCAAAUUAAAUUUAGUUAAUAAAAUUCUUCAUUUUAUUACACAACUCACGAAGGAUUUUUCUAAUCUUAAAAUGCAUUGCAAAUUUGGAAACAUCACAGUCUCCUCUGAAUCUUACAAAUCAGGCAGUUUUUAAGGAUUGCUAAAGAACAGGGGACAUAUGUCCUUAUCCCUAUGGGGGGGGGGGAGAAAAUCAAGCCAGAUUGAAUUUCUGAACAUUUUCUCUAACUUUGUGGGACUCCAAAAAUUACCAUUGGAAGACCCCAUGCUGUUUUUUCACAGGAACACCGGAGACACAGAGAUAUUUACAUCCGAUAUUUUGAUAAGUUGUGCCAUCAAAUCACAGUCAAUCUCUGCAAAAAAGGAAAAUUGUGACUUUGAUGAGGAGGUUCCCGAGGCAAUUCUCCCAGAUGCGCACAACUCGCCUAAAAUUUCCAAGGACGUCCACACUCAACCUAUGGAUUGAGACAUGUCAAACGACAAAUUAGACACAUCUUCAAGAUAUCCAUCAGAACAAGAAUCACUGGACCGGUUCACUGAGACCAAAGUUGCUCCUAAUAUAAAAAGAAGGAGCACUCGCAUCAGAUCCAAGAUAGCGCAUGCUCUGCACUAAUUUGAUUGGGUUUCCUAGAGUAGCAUCUUUGAUGUGUGUUUACUUUUCUUGAAUUGUUUUUUCCUUUUCUAGCAUUGUACUUUUUCUAUUAUCAAUAAAAUUUUACUUUUCCCAAAAAAAAUAAAGCUCAGGGGUUUUCAACAGAUUCUAUCAUUGAUGACUUUGAUCUUUUAAAAAAAUGUAGAGUUCAGUUUAGAAUGCCCAACUUUCAUACAUAGAAGGGGUUGAAUAAAAUUUCCUAUUUUGUUGUUCUUUUUGUUGAAGUUAUGUGAAAUAUUAUGCAUUUGGUAAUCUAAACAUUUUAGCAAAUAUAUGCUACAUUUUGUAAUACUCCGUAUGACCGUAUAAAAUUUUGCGAUUUCGCCCC